UACCAGAGUGUUGUGUAAUGUUUUCAGUGGCUGAAGCAGACGCGCUCAGGUUUCAUUGCUGCGUUGUCGCUGUGUGUUGGGGGUGGGGGACAGCAAGUGACACAGCAUACAACAGACACUUACAUAACCAUGACUUCAGGGGACAGGAGCAGGCUGUGAAUGAACCUCCCAAACUCAGGAAUAUGACAGCAGAACACAGCCUUUGAAUUUCUCUCUCGCUUGGCUUGAAAAUCAGCUUCGGAAACCUUUCUCUCAAACUAGACUUCCGUUACUCUCAGAACUUCUUUCCCUUCCCCUCCGGCUAUCAAGUGCAUGGACAUAUAGCAUGUUAGAAUUAGAAGGGGGUCAGACGUCUCAGAGUGCCGUUGUUCACAGAUUUAACCCAGAGACCGACUUCCCUCUAAAAGCACCCACAGCUGUAUUCAUGGUCGGGGACAGGUAGUGGCAGCAGGCACGGGAAGCGCAGCUCCGCUGUACCGGGGACAAUGAGUGCGCUCAAACCAAGCGGGCUCAAGGUCCCCACCAAGAUCCUCAAGCCUGGCAGCACGGCCUUGAAGACACCCGCUGCUGUCGCAGCUCCAGCAGAAAAAGCAAUAUCCAGUGAAAAAGCAUCAGGCGCCCCUUCCUCUGAGACACAAGAGGAAUUUGUGGACGACUUCCGAGUUGGGGAGCGAGUUUGGGUGAACGGAAAUAAGCCUGGAUUUAUACAGUUUCUGGGUGAAACUCAGUUCGCACCAGGCCAGUGGGCCGGGAUUGUUCUAGAUGAACCCAUAGGCAAGAAUGAUGGCUCAGUGGCAGGAGUCCGGUAUUUCCAGUGUGAACCUUUAAAGGGCAUAUUCACCCGACCUUCCAAGUUGACAAGGAAAGUGCAGGCUGAAGAUGAAGCCAGUGGCCUGCAGACAACUCACGCUUCCAGAACGACCUCGCCUCUGUCCACUUCUGCAGCCAGCAUGACAGCCUCCUCCCCAGCCACCCCCUCACAUAUUCCCCAGAAGUCAUCCCAGCCAACAGCAAAGGAACCUUCAGCUACACCUCCCAUCAGCAACCUCACAAAAACUGCCAGUGAAUCCAUCUCCAACCUCUCAGAGGCUGGCUCGGUCAAGAAAGGGGAGCGAGAACUCAAAAUUGGAGACAGAGUACUGGUCGGUGGCACUAAGGCUGGUGUAGUCCGGUUUCUCGGGGAGACGGACUUUGCCAAGGGGGAGUGGUGUGGUGUGGAGUUAGAUGAGCCUCUUGGGAAGAAUGACGGGGCUGUUGCUGGCACAAGGUAUUUUCAGUGUCAACCCAAAUAUGGCCUGUUUGCUCCCGUCCACAAAGUGACCAAGAUUGGCUUCCCUUCCACUACGCCAGCCAAAGCCAAGGCCGCCGCGGUGAGGCGAGUGAUGGCCACCACUCCCGCCAGCCUGAAGCGCAGCCCAUCCGCAUCCUCUCUCAGCUCCCUGAGCUCGGUGGCCUCCUCCGUCAGCAGCAAGCCCAGUCGCACAGGAUUAUUGACCGAAACCUCCUCCCGGUACGCCAGGAAGAUCUCCGGCACCACCGCCCUCCAGGAGGCCCUGAAAGAGAAGCAGCAGCACAUUGAGCAGCUGCUGGCCGAACGGGAUCUAGAGAGGGCGGAGGUGGCCAAGGCCACGAGCCACGUGGGGGAAAUAGAGCAGGAGCUAGCCCUGGCCCGGGACGGACACGACCAGCAUGUCCUGGAGCUGGAGGCCAAGAUGGACCAGCUGCGAGCCAUGGUGGAAGCUGCCGACAGGGAGAAAGUGGAACUGCUCAACCAACUAGAAGAGGAGAAAAGGAAGGUGGAGGAUCUUCAGUUCCGGGUGGAGGAAGAAUCAAUUACUAAAGGCGACCUUGAGCAAAAGAGCCAGAUUUCUGAAGAUCCUGAGAAUACGCAGACCAAACUGGAGCAUGCCCGCAUUAAGGAGCUUGAACAGAGCCUGCUCUUUGAAAAGACCAAAGCUGACAAACUCCAGAGGGAGUUAGAAGACACUAGGGUGGCUACAGUAUCAGAAAAGUCUCGUAUAAUGGAGCUAGAGAAAGACCUAGCGUUGAGAGUGCAGGAGGUAGCCGAGCUGCGAAGAAGGCUCGAGUCCAAUAAGCCUGCCGGGGACGUUGACACAUCGCUCUCCCUUUUGCAAGAGAUAAGCUCUUUGCAAGAGAAGUUAGAAGCCGCCCGUACUGACCAUCAAAGAGAAAUCGCUUCGCUGAAGGAGCGCUUUGGAGCCCAGGAGGAGACGCAUCAGAAGGAGGUGAAGGCUCUGCAGGCUGCCUCAGAGAAGCUCUCCAAGGAGAACGAGUCGCUGAAAAGCAAGCUUGAUCACGCCAACAAGGAGAACUCGGACGUGAUAGCCCUGUGGAAGUCCAAGCUGGAGACCGCCAUCGCGUCCCACCAGCAGGCCAUGGAGGAGCUGAAGGCUUCCUUCAGCAAGGGGGUGGGGACAGAGACGGCCGAGCUGGCCGCACUGAAAACGCAGAUAGAGAAAAUGAGACUAGAUUACCAGCACGAAAUAGAAAGCUUGCAGAAUCAACAAGACUCCGAACGGUCUGCUCACACCCAAGAGAUAGAAGCCGUCAGGGCAAAGCUGAUGGAGGUCAUUAAGGAGAAAGAGAACAGUCUGGAAGCCGUCCAGUCGAAACUGGACAAGGCAGAAGACCAGCACCUGGUAGAAAUGGAAGACGCCUUGAACAGACUGCAGGAAGCCGAGACAAAGGUAAAGGAGCUAGAGGUGCUGCAAGCCCAAUGCAAUGAGCAAACCAAGGUUAUCGAUAGUUUUACGUCGCAGCUCAAGGCUGCCGAGGAAAAGCUGCUGGAUCUGGACGCUCUUCGGAAAGCCAGUUCCGAAGGUAAAUUGGAGAUCGAGAAACUUAGACAGCAGUUUGAGGCAGCUGAGCAACAGAUUAAAAAUUUAGAGGUGGAAAGGAAUGCUGCAAGUGACAAGGCUAGUAGCAUUUCCAAAGAGCUGCAGGGGAAAGAGCUCACACUCAGCAAACUCCAGGAGCACGUGAGUGAAGUCAGUCAUGUGAAAGAGGCUUUGGAGAAAGAACUUCAGGUGUUGAAAGAAAAGUUUGCUGGUGCUUCAGAGGAGGCGGUCUCUGUCCAGAGGAAUAUGCAAGAAACUAUAAAUAAAUUACACCAAAAAGAAGAGCAGUUUAAUGCGCUGUCUUCUGAAUUGGAGAAGUUGCGAGAAAAUCUAACAGGCAUGGAGGCAAAAUUUAGAGAGAGAGAUGAAAGAGAAAAUCAGUUGAUAAAGGCAAAAGAAAAGCUGGAAAACGACAUUGCAGAAAUAAUGAAAAUGUCAGGAGAUAAUUCUUCUCAGUUGACAAAAAUGAAUGAUGAGUUACGUCAGAAAGAAAGAAAUGUGGAAGAAUUACAGCUAAAACUUACAAAGGCCAAUGAAAAUGUGAGCUGUCUGCAGAAAAGUAUUGGGGAUGUAACUCUCAAAGCUGAACAAAGCCAGCAAGAAGCAACUAAAAAGCAUGAGGAAGAAAAGAAAGAUUUGCUGAAAAAAUUGCUGGACCUGGAAAAGAAGAUGGAAACGAGCCACAACCAGUGUCAAGAUCUGAAAGCUAGGUAUGAGGAAGCCAGUUCUGAGACCAAGGCGAAGCAUGAGGAGGCUCUGCAGAAGCUGCAGGCGCUGCUGCGGGGCACAGAGGAGAGGCUGGCGGCCACCCAGGAGCAGAACAAGGACUUGUUGCAGGAAGUAGUGGAACUGAAAAAACAAGCCGAGGAUGCUAGAUCGCUAACUUGUUUGUUAACAUCAGCCCAAAGAGAAACCGAGCUAAUGUCAGAAGAGCUGAGGGGUCUGAGGUCAGAGAAGCAGCUUCUGGUGCAGGAGGGCAAUGCUUUAAAGUCAGAGAAAGGUGCGCUCAUGUCCAAGCUUGUAGAGGCAGAGGCCAGAGUAACGUUCCUCCAGGAAGACCAGCGGAAGCUGUGGUCGAUAAACGAAGCCCUCAAUUUAGAGAAGGAGCAACUCAUAGAAGAAAAGCUGCAUCAGCAGGGGCAGCUCCAGAGUGAAGCUCUGGCUGCAGAGAGAGAGAAACUGCUUCAAGAAGUCACUGUCGCACAGGAAGAGCUCCUGAAGAUGCGCACGGAAAGCGCCUCUCUGCAGGCUUCCAGAGCCGCCCUGCAGGCCCUCGUGGAGGAGCUUCAGUUCAGCAAGGAGAGUCUGACUGCCGAGUGCCAGAAGGACCGGGAAGAGAAAGACCGCCUGGAGGACCGCGUCAAGAAGCUCGUGAGCGAGAACCUUGCUGUGGCUAAAGAUAAAGACAAGACCAUUAAGAAGCUGCAGAGCUCUUACGAGGAGCUGGUCAGAGACCAGAAGGCCUUGGUGCAGGAGAUCAAAGAUCUCACGGCGGAGAAAAAGUCAGCGGCGGAGAAGCAGUCGGGCCUUGAAAACAUAUGCGUAGCCCUAAAGGUCGAAAUGGAUGGGCUCUUGCAGAGCAGCAGGGACCUGCAGCUGGAGAAGGGCGCUCUGCUUCAGGACCAGGACAAGCUCAGCGCCAGCCUGGCCACUGCGCUCCAGGUCAAACAGCUGCUCAGCGCCGAAGCCAGCGGGCUCCGUGCGCAGCUGGACACCGCCAGCAAAGGGCUGAGGAAGGCCGAGCUGGAGGCCAUGCAGCUUCAGGCCGCAAACACCAGCCUCACGAAGCUCCUGGAGGAGAUUAAGGCCAGUCGGGAGAUCACGGACUCCGAGUGCAUCCAGCUCCUGCAUGAGAAGGAGAUCCUGGCCAUGUCUGAGAGGAGGCUCCUGGCCGAGAAGGAAGAACUCGUGCGUGAAAAUAGGCUCGUCAUUGAGAAACUCGGCCAGUGCUCCGGGGAGGCCGUGCGCGUGGAGACGAGCCUGAACGAGAAGAUUGCGUACCUGACCUCGGAGAAGGAGACGGUUUGUCAGAAAGCGUCUAAGAUCAAAAGGCAGCUGGACAGCCUCCUGAAGGAAAAGUCUGUGCUGGAAACACAGAACGGAGAUUUACUUGCAGAAAGAGAGAAUUCCAUCAACUGCAUAGGAGAGCUUAAAAGGAAGUACGAGCAGGAGUCUGCAAACAGGAGGCUCGUCGUGCAAGAGAAGAUGAAGCUCUUGGGUAACCUCGAUGCUCUGAAGAAAGAGCUCCAGGAGAGAAAAAAGGAAAACCAAGAACUGGCCACCGCCAAGUGCGAGCUCGCACUGAUGCUGAAAGAGGCCCAGAGCGCCAAAGAGCACCUGGAAAAGGAGCACACCCACAUCCAGCAGGCCAGGGAGGGCCUGAAGGCUGAGCUGGAAACGUGCUGCUCCGAGAAGGACCAGAUGCUGAGGGACGGGCUGAGCCUGCAGGAGGAGUGCCAGAAACUGAAGGAGGAGGUGCGCGCGGUGCAGCAGUCCUUGCUCCUGGAGCAGGAGGCCCGGGCCAAGGAGAGCGAGUCAGCCUCCUACGAGAACAGCAAGUUACUUGGGAGGGCAGUGUGCCUGGAACAGGAGCUGGAAGAGCUGAGAGCAUCCACCAAGGAGCUCCAGGCCGAAAACGCGGGGCUCGUCCAAGAGAAGAGCACCUCGGAGCAGAAGGUGGCGGAGAUCCUGAAGGAAAAGGAGCUCCUGACUGCAGAAACGGCGCGGCUGGCUGCCAACAUCGAGACGCUGCGCAGCGACUUCGCCUCCCUGUCCAAGUCCAAGCUGGAGUUGCAGGAGCUGCACAGCUGCCUCAGCAAGAUCCUGGAUGACCUGCGGCUGAGCCACCAGGCGGCCGUGGCCGAUCGGGCCCAGGCACUGCAGGACAACAGCAGCCUGCUGGCCGAGAAGAGGGAAGUGGCGCUGAAGUGGGAUGAGCUCCUGAAGGAGAAGGAGACGCUGGCCGAAAGCUACUUCAUCCUCCAGAAGGAGAUCAGCCAGCUGGCCAAAACCAACAGCCACAUUUCCGCCAACCUCCUAGAGUCUCAGAACGAAAAUCGUAUCUUGAGGAAAGACAAGAGCAAGCUCACCCUUAAAAUUAGAGAGCUCGAAACUCUUCACUCUUUCACGGCUGCUCAGACAGCAGAAGACGCCAUGCAGAUCAUGGAACAGAUGACCAAAGAGAAGUCGGAAACGCUCGCCUUCUUGGAGGAUACCAAGCAAACCAAUGAAAAACUCCAGAAUGAAUUGGAUACACUUAAAGAAAACAACUUGAAAAAUGUGGAAGAGCUGAACAAGUCGAAAGAACUUCUGACUGUCGAGAAUCAGAAAAUGGAAGAAUUCAGGAAAGAAAUAGAAACCCUGAAGCAGGCAGCUGCUCAGAAGUCCCAGCAGCUUUCAGCACUGAAAGCGGAGAACGUGAAACUUGCCGAGGAGCUGGGGCGAAGCAGGGACGAAGUCACGAGUCAUCAGAAGGUGGAAGAGGAGAGAUCUGUGCUCAACAAUCAGUUGUUAGAAAUGAAAAAGAGAGAAUCCCAGUUGAUAAAAGACGCAGAUGAGGAAAAAGCCUCCUUGCAGAAGUCCAUCAGCAUUACUAGUGCCUUACUCACAGAGAAGGAUGCCGAGCUGGAGAAGCUGAGGAACGAGGUCACGGUGCUCAGGGGAGAAAACGCCUCUGCCAAGUCCUUGCAUUCAGUUGUCCAGUCUCUUGAGUCUGACAAGGUGAAGCUCGAGCUCAAGGUAAAGAACUUGGAGCUUCAACUCAAGGAAAACAAGAGGCAGCUCAGCAGCUCCUCAGGUAAUACUGAUACUCAGGCGGAAGAGGACGAAAGAGCCCAGGAGAGUCAGCAAAUGAUUGACUUCCUAAAUUCAGUAAUAGUGGACCUUCAGAGGAAGAAUCAAGACCUUAAGCUGAAGGUGGAAAUGAUGUCAGAAGCGGCCCUUAAUGGGAAUGGCGAUGACCUAAACAAUUAUGACAGUGACGACCAGGAGAAACAGUCCAAGAAGAAACCUCGCCUCUUCUGUGACAUAUGUGACUGCUUCGAUCUCCACGACACAGAGGACUGUCCCACCCAGGCGCAAAUGUCGGAGGACCCCCCUCACUCCACACACCACGGCAGUCGGAGCGAGGAGCGCCCGUACUGUGAGAUCUGUGAGAUGUUUGGGCACUGGGCAACCAACUGCAACGACGACGAGACCUUCUGACGAAGCCUCACAUCCAGGACUGGGCUUUCUCGGACGCACCAGCAUCUGGGCAACCGAACACCAGCAUUACGUGUGCAGACUUCCGGACAACUCACGUUAUUUUUGACCCCCACCAACAAAUCUAAGAAAAUAUUUUGAUCUUCAACAAAUCGCCCUUUUAGUUUCCCCGUAUACAUUAGAAUAAUAAAUACUUAGGAGGUGAGUUUUCACCUCUUAUUUUUGGCGUCUUGAUUUUUAAGUUCCAACAGGACGUUGCACCAGAGGUCGUUACAUAGAUUGUCCCGAGGGAAACCUCCAAGAACAAUCCCUACCCUCCAGUACCUUAUUUAAGUAACUUUAAAUUAUGCCAUUCUCAUAUUUGCACUAAAAUCUUCCCAGGCUGCGUUUUUGUAUAGUGAGAUGUUUGGUUAAGCUUUGACACUGGAAUGAGUUGAAAAAAAAUGUGCCAUUUUGCAUUUUCAUCUACUCAUGUAGAGCAUUUUAUUUUUAGUUGAAAUAUCUGAGAUCUUUGCACUACCUGAUGUCAGUAGUGCCUUUACUUCAGGCUUGGUAACACUUAGGUGUGAUGUUAAAUCAUGAAACAGGUAAAGGGAGGGGGGAGCCCCCAAACUGCUGUGGGACGUUUUAUAAUCGAUAUGCUGCACCCACUUACUCUACUGUGGCGCUUUGUGUAUUGGUUUUGCAUAAUUUCAGCUAUAUAUUGUAUGUAUAUAUUUUUUAAAAAUCUCUAUUUUGGGAAAAAGGAUUCACAAUUGUGUCUUUCUUUUCAGAUUUUUACCUUUAUGAAAAAGAAAACACUUAGAAUGUUUAUCAGGAUGUAAUGGGCUAGGCCAGGAAUAGCAUCACACAACUUUGGAGCUAUUUUUUAUUUUUGUUUUCAUUUUUUUUCUUUAUCAGAUCUAAAUAAAUACAAUAUUUUUCCUUCUCUAGCAGAUAUCCCCAGCAGUCGAUUAAUUAGAUAAUAAGCUGCUAUACAACACUUACAUUAACCAAUCUACAAUCUUUACAAGUUGUAUUUACUGUCUUUUUAGAUGAAUGUAUGAUGAGAAAUUCAAUAUUAAUAAUUUUGGAUUUUCUUAUCACAAAAAAUUAAAUGAAGGACCUCAGCCACCAGAAGUUUAUCAACCAGUUUUAUUAAACUAUUUAUCUUGUUUUGAAUUGAAUGUCUUCUAGAAGAUGUAAAAAGUAAUAAAUGUAUCUCCAUGCUACAUGUAUAAUAAGAACUUCUAUAAUUGUAUAUAUGCCUUUGAUGUAUUUUCCCCUCAAAAUUAUUAACUGUAUUUGACAAGUGAAAAACCUGUAAUCGAAAUUUCUGGUUAUAAACAUAAUAGGAAUUGUUUCACAAACAAUAUGUAAAGCAGUAUUAAAAUUUGAUCAAAAAAUGUU